AUGACAAUUACGUCAUGUGUCAAGAGUAGGGUGAAAUCCUUGAAAGACUUUUUAUUUGCUUCACUGGCAUUCCCUUUCGGAAUGGAUUACAGUAUACAGACUCCAGAAAUUUUAGCUGUUACGUACGUUUCUCAAACAGUUAUAAGAUAUUCUACGCUCGUUUCGUCCAUGUUUUGGAUAUUAUACUGCUUGGAACCAGACUUCGUUUAUCCUUUGGCUGAGAGAAAAAUUGUCCCUGUAGCGUUGAAUCAUAUUUGGCAUACCUUAGUAUUUAUUAGUCCUAUGCUCGAUGUACUACUUUAUGAGCAUAAAUAUCCUUCAAGGAUCUAUGGGCACUUUUGCUUAGCAACUUUUGCAUUACUCUAUAUUGGAUGCAUCUUUUGGAUAGCUCAUGUUGCUAAAGUAUGGAUAUACGGAGUAUUAGAGACUAUGUCUGCGCCAAUGGUCGUUGUUUUCUGUUUAGUGCUCGUUUUAGUAACGAUUCUAUUAUAUGAAUUUGGAUACUGGCUGGAACGAAGGAAGAAACGGGAAGAGGCUACUGAGUUUGAGCCUCAAGAGUCAAGAUAUGAUUUAAUUUGUUAUUGA